GACCACAUUCACACAAGUAAGCGCGAAUGAAUUCUCACCGAUCCAUUAUAACUUGUGGAGAUCUAUAAUAACUAUCCGUAAUUGGAGAGCGCACGAAUACCUGGUUAUUCAGCUUUGGAUGCGCUCGUAUUCGGCAAGCGAUUAAAAUAUCUAUACCUGCUCUUGCGCUGAUCCGUUUGCCCUUUAUUAUACCACCUUAAUACCUUUAAUUAAGGUUCAAAAUUACCUGGCAACUCAUUUGUGGUUGGAAAUCCCAACUUGGCAGUACAAUGCGUGGUGAUUAACAGCAUUUUAACACUUGCAUUGCUAUGUCAAUGUGGUCUUAGCAUUCAGUCAGUGUUCGAACGUCGGUGGUGAAAGUAGUGACAUUUGUGGAGUGAAUUAAAUGGCCUGUUUUCUGUGAGGUGUCUUGGGAUCUUAUAUUAGCAGAUCUAAUUUGGGAACCGAAAUGUCCCCUAAUAAAGAAAACAUCAUGCAACCAGCAACGCUACAAGAAGCUAUCAACAUCAUCAAAUUUUUAACAACUUCACAUAAGCAAGAAAUAGCAAAACUAAAGGAGUCCCUGCAAAAGCAGGCAGCUCUAAUAAAGAAAUUAGAAGCAAAUAGAAAAAAGGAACUUGAAUUUUUGUCGAGUGAACUUCAAAAUUACGAGGAGAAUUUGGCGAUAAGCAAAGAAACAGUUACAAAACAAAUCGCAGAUAAAGAUGAUAUCAUACAGAAGCAGACAGAAAUUAUCGAGGAGCUUAAUAGAAAGUUAAAACUCCACGAAGAACUAAGUUUACCAGAAAUAAACAUCGUUGCACCCGUCGAUUCCAAUUCUGACUCGGGAGUAGCGAUGGAUGAAAGCAAUUUGAAGUCUGACACGAACAAAAUCGAAGCUAAAACAACUAGAAAAUAUAGCAGAAGAUUUGCAGAAUCAAUAAGUUUCUUAAGAAGAGUAGAUUUUUCACCUAUGAAAUAUAAGCCAUGCAAUCGCGAGUGCACUAAAAAGAAAGAUGAAAAGAAGUCGACCAGUCUAGAUAUCCCGUACACAGAUAAAGGGUUGACUAGACAACUUAGUAGUGAAAGAGUUAUGAGCGACGAUGACUCUUACUUGUCGGCUGACCCAGUGCUUUCAGAUAGUUUGAUAGAACCAUUAGUAAUUAGGUCAAAGAAAAUGGAUGAUAGCAUGAAUAACCAUUUCUCUGAUGACGGAAGCGAAGACACCAGUGAAGAAGUUUUCGAUAGAGUUAUGACAAGGAGCAGCGUCAGACGAUCAGUGAAGGCGAAUCCGAAAUAUAAGAAAAUCAAUCGAACGAAAUCGAAACUUUUAGAACAAGUAAAAGUUAACAUUAUUGAUUAAUACGUAAACUAAAUUUAGUCGGUACAUUACGUGCAUAUUAUUGUAAAGCUGGACGAAAACUGAUUUGUAUCAUUAGAUGAAAUAAAGUUUUGAUGCUCCCUUUAUAGAAAAAUAUUUUUAUUACAAUAUCCCAUACUUUAUAUUUUCUUACUAAAUAAAAUUGUACAAUCGACAUAGUUAUGUUACUACAGUCAUAUGUAUUAUCAACUUUAUGUGUAUAAGUAACUUGUGGAUAACGUUGUUGGCUGUACAUAAAAACAACACUUAUAAUGUAAUACCGUUUGUAGAUUGUAUUUGUAUAGUUGUUUGUUGUCCC